AUGAUUUCUUAUAAUUCUAACAAUAAUUGUCCAUCAACUAAUAACAAUACUAAUUUAUGCCUUGCUAUACUUCCUGAUUGUAAUAAUGCUAAUUGUGGACGAACUAAUAAUCGUUAUGGUCAAAGAGCAGGUAUCUAUCGUUCAUCUAAUUGUUAUCGUCCACUUCAACAACUUUAUAAAACAAUAUAUUCACCAAUAUGUGGAAAUCGUUCAUCACAUAUUAAUUUUGCUUGUAUUUGUCGUCCAUCAGAAAGAUAUAAAACAACAAAUAUGGCUUAUGGUAGUUUUCAUUAUAAUAAUUGGGCAUUUGUACAAAAAAAUCGACCAAUUAAUUAUGAUAGAGAACUUUUUGUACAAUGUUAUGAAAAUAGAAAAAAUCAACAAAAACUAAAUUGUCAAGAAAAAUGUAACAAUCGUUUUAUUGAUGGAUAUGAUCCAAAUGAAAAACAAUAUUGGACUCAACCAACAUGUGAUUCAUGUUGUCCAACGGAUUGUUGUAAUAAUGGCACAUUGAAUCUUCCGAAUUGCUAG